GGCGGCAGCCUGUGCAACGCUUUGUGCGCAUGUUGUGUGCGGUGUAACGGGGCAGGUCUUUAUCAUUGCACGGGUUGAUGUCCAACUGGAAGAAACUAGAUUCUGCGAAAUCGAGAAGGCUUUAGAUCGGACACAUCGACAAAUCCGGUGGCAUCAUGAGCAAAGUGCAAGGUGGGAUGAAAUGCGUGAAAUAUCUGCUCUUCGUUUUCAACUUCAUCUUUUGGUUGUCGGGCUUGUUGGUGCUGGCGGUGGGACUGUGGCUCAGGUUUGACCCAAACACGGUGGAACUCCUGACUGGCGACGGCGCCCCCGACACCUUCUUCAUAGCCGUGUACAUCCUCCUCGGUGCAGGAGGGUUGAUGAUGGUUGUUGGAUUCUUUGGAUGUUUUGGGGCUGUGCGUGAGUCUCAGUGUCUCCUUGCAUCGUUCUUUGCUUGUCUCCUAAUAAUCUUUGGGGCAGAGAUCACUGCUGGUGUGUUUGGAUUCAUGAACAAGGAACAGAUUGCUGAAGAAGUCCAAAAGUUUUAUAGCAGCUCUGUUGCUGAUGAUAACAAUUCAAAUGGCACCGCAAUCGCAUUGAUUUACCACAAGAUUCUGAACUGCUGUGGAGGUUCCUCAUCGGACACAACUCAGGCUCUGUGUGCAGACGCUCCAGAGGGCACCCAGGACUGUCUGACUGCAAUAAUAGACUUCUUUAAUGAAAAGCUGCACAUCAUUGGAUAUAUUGGAAUUGGCAUUGCUGGAGUGGUGAUCAUUGGAAUGAUCUUCAGUAUGGUCCUGUGCUGUGCCAUCAGGAACAGCAGAGAGGUUAUAUAAGAUGAUGUGCUGACCUCCGCCCAGCCACCCACCAGCAACCAGGCCACUAUACACUCACUCAACCCUUCUUAAUUGAUGCAUCUGCGUGAGAAGGGGAACACCAAAGUUACGUUUCAACGGCAUUCCUUGUAGUCCAGACUGAAGUGGUGGGGAGGUUCACCACAUGGAGCACAUUCAACACAAUACGCUGGAUUCUUAUAUUGACACCUUCCCCUCAACUCCACCAGCACUGCAACACUGAUUUAUUUCUGUCCUUUUCCAUAACACGUGCUGCGCUUUAGCACAGCUCUGUGACAUCCUUCACUUUUAACAUGUUUUUGUUAGACUGCUGGUGCUCCACCGAGCUGCAGAGCUGCACUGUAGCUAUAACGCAGUACAUGACAACUUCUCUGUUACAGGAAAAGCUGUGACUGAGGAGUACUGCUGUAAAUAUGGACACCCAUCUGUAGUUAACAUGAUUUAUUCUGUGCAUUUUCUUGCUCUUUUAGCUCUAAUGCCAAUCAUAAAUUGUGUGCUUAAGUGUUUUGAGGACUAGCCUACCUUGUAGAGUAAAUUUCCAUGAUGUGCCUACUUAGUAUGAUUUAGUCAGACAUACAAGCCAACAGCUACUGAACUAUUUGCCUAUUUGUGAUUUGAAUGUGUACAUAACAGCUGAGCUUGCUCCCUGCCUCCAUUCUCAAGUAUUUUUUACUGUAAAGCACAAUAGAGGACAUGUAGAUAUGAUAUCAACCCAAAGGGUUAGGAAGGUCUGAUGAUAAACUGCCUUUUGUAAAUUUCCAAACCUAUCUGAGUGGUCAAUAAUAUCAUGUGCUGGCUGAGUUCUUCUGCUGCACAUCUGAACUACAACAGUGAGCUAGUUUGCAUUCUGUGUGUUUUUGUGGAUGUAUAUUUCCUUGGUGUGCCAAUAAGAUGUGAAUUAUAGAAUAGUUUAUAUCACACUGUUAACCAUAAUAAAAAAAAAAGAAUACUG